AUGUUCUCGCUCCCGCAGCUCGUCAAUCACUUCGAAAACCAGCAUAUCGGAUUGCAGCAGGUCGGGCACAGGAGUGGGCCAGGCCUCGAUUGGACACAAGAUAUGAUCCUUAUGCCGGAUGUAUCAGAAAUUCCUGACUUGAAAGCUAUUAUUGGCGGCAAGGGACACAAGUUCAACAUAGUCAAUGAAGCAGUCCCCUGGGUCUUCAAUAAGCCCAACGGACCCACACAACAAUCUGGGGCCGCAUGGCCUUUAGGUGGGAUGAUGCUUCCAGUCAUGAACGCAACCCCUGGCAUGGUCCUGAAGCCAUUCGAGAAUCAGCGAUCGUGGGUCAAGCGCAACAACGCCGAGACACGCAGCCGUCAACGGAAGAUUAUAAUCGAAGAUCCGCAGCGCCCCCGUAUAAGCCACUGGUCACUCCUCAUGAAGCACACGAACCAGGACGCAUCCUUCGGGUCUCAAACAUUGACCCUUGCCGACAAAGCUCUUGGGGCGCUUCUCCGACAGAAUUUGAUCGAGAGGGCCGCACCAUUUACUUUGACAGUGGGCAUUCUGCAGGUGGCUACAAAACGGAUCAUUACAUGCCGUCAGGCUACUUCCCAAACCGUACUUCAGCAUUGCCCGACGAAAAUCGCCAUGGGUACCGUGAGCAAAGUCGAGCCCCUGAUCGAGUCCUGGUCGAACCUCGCGGGGGAUCCCGAUGACUUUAGCUUGACUGCUGCUCUCGAGUCGCAUCUUGCUCAAGAUCGCGACGCGCUGGCUCGGGUACCCAAGGCUGGGCUGCUGGAGCGCGAGGUAGUUCGUCAAGAGCGCCGAUCCACAGCGCGCGACGGCCCCCCAUCGGACUUUCCCAAUUACCCUGAACAACGACACAUGGAAGUAGAAGUUUUCGAUGACGCUCGCCAUGGACACUCCACGCAAUACAUGGCAGAAUCGCAUGGAUCCCGUCACACCGGACAUGCUUCUGAGGUGUCGACGUACUACCACAGCCCAGCGGUCCCUCAAAAUUCAGGUCAGAGCAGCGACAAUCGCAGCACAACGCGCUACGCGAGCGCGACUCGCCCUCAGUCUGCAGGUUACGAGGAGACUUAUGAGAUUGUGCACGUACGAGAUGCAGAGGGAGAGUACAUCGUUCGUCGGCCGAUUCUACGAGAGCGAGAAACGCAUCGGGUUUUGUACGAGGGUGACACUCAUCACCAUCAGAACAGAGGCUCAUACUCACACCGUAGUCACGAUGCUCUGUACGGCUCGAUGGACCAGACUCCUAUCCCUGGCGAGCGGCGAGAUGCUUUCCAAAUGCACGAAGCUUGCACUGCAAGAGCCCAAUUCAUGAUUGCUCCAUCAUCGUUUGCAGAAUAUGACUCAAACAACCCAGCGUCCAUGUCAGAUCCCGGCGCUAAAAGACCAUCAGAGUACUAG